CGCUUUCCCUCUAUAUCCUUUAUUUGUCUCAUAUAGGCAUGCAUACACACUUCCUCACGGACCUCUUAUUUUAUAGCUGUUUUGUACACGCCCUCCGCAGCGGCAGGUCGGCAGCCGUCCUGUUAGCCUGGAAUGAUUAACUAUGUGCACAUAAAACUUUUAAAGAAACAAAGGCUGUUGGAGAAGCAGCAGAAGAGUCGGGGGGGAAAGCAGGCAUCCUUCACAGUGAAAUGCGAGAGAUAUGAAAAUGGAGCUAAAGGUUUUGCUCUGCCUUGUGCCUGCGUUCGUCUUCACUAUGCAAGAGUCGUUGAAACUGGACGUGAGCUCCGAGAUCACUACAGAGUGUGACAAACCAGUUUAUCUCCACUGCAACACAUCCCUUCAUAACGGACUAUCAGUCAAACGCAUGGAGUGGUCCCAAGGCAACAUGUCUCUGUGUUCUGUGGACAGCCAGGAAACAAUAACCUCAACGCAGAGACACUUUGAAAGCAACUUUCACUGCAGCUAUAAAGAUGGACGUCUCACCCUGGUGUUUCGGAAAGUGCUGCCUCUGGAGAGUGGAAAGCCCUUCAGGUGCAAAUUGCAAUCUAACAAAGGAGUGGCCCAUGAUUAUACCAGGCUGCAGCUGCAAGAGUGCUGCAGGACAGUUGAAGCCGUCAUGAACAGCCACGGUCCGUCCUGCACUUUCAAACAUGCCUACCCUGAUGGAGAGGUGCACUGGUAUUAUGACUCUACAAACAUCUCGGAAAAGUCUGUGAGACACCAGACUGCUAAAAGCAUAGAUAACCAUGGCUGGAUGAUCAUCCGCAGCUGGUUGACCUUCAAUAGCACGCUGGAGCGAGAGUCACACAAAUCGUACAAUUGUUCAUUGAAAAGUUCAACAUCGGGGAAAUACAUUGCAAGCUCUUUAAUUCUGACACCCGAACUUCUGUCCUCGGGAGGCGAUGCAGAAUACAACAUGUCUGACGGAAACGGAGUGAGAUCUCUGCAAGCUGUGAAGAUCGCUUUAACUAUUCUAGUCUCACUUAUUGUCCAGCUGGAAUAGAGACAAAAAACAUUUCACUGAGCCUGAUGACACACCAGGUGAAUAAUCAUCAGUAGUAACAUGGUACAGUUUUUUUUUCCCUCAUUCAAUACGUAGGGUAACAGAACAGAGUUGAGUGGGUCGCCUCUCUGGGUUUGAAUAUUGUUUUUCCUUCCUUCUGAUUUUUACUCAGGUAUCAAAAGGAAAAAAACGAGGAUAAUGAGG